UUGCACACUCCUCAGGUAGCAGCUUGUGGUUGUUCAGUCCAGUGUGAUGCUUCGUUUCACGGUCCACGUUCGAGACGAGUGGCUCACCGUUCCAUGCAAAGAUGCCACCUGCACCAUUAAAUGGCUGGGCAUGGAGGCUCUUAAACGCUACAUCAAAAAUAAACCUGAUAAUGGAGGGAUCCAUGCUAUUAAAGAUGUGCAUUUUUUCGUCAGAAGAUGUCAGGGACUGGGGCUACUGGACAAUGAUGAUAUCAUAGAAGAUGUGCUUGAAGAUAAUGACUUUGUGGAACUUGCUAUUGAAGGUGACACCAUGCCUCAAGACUUCAUACCAAGUCAACCUGGGACUUCACAUCUAACUAGAUCAUACAGAGAACCAGAAGAAUAUAUUUCUCUAGAUGGAAACAGCCUGAGCUCAACUGAUCUGGUUAAUUUAGGGAAAGGCCUUUACAAGAUCAAGCUGACCCCAGAGGCAGAGCAAAAGGUUGUGCAAUCAAGAGAGCUUCUCGAUACCAUUGUAAAAGAAAACAAAGUUGUAUAUGGAAUCACUACAGGAUUUGGUAAAUUUGCUCGGACAGUCAUCCCAGUCAGCAAGCUCAAGGAACUGCAGGAAAAUCUUUUGCGUUCACACUCAUCAGGUCUGGGAAGCCCUUUAAGCCCUGAAAGGACCCGAAUGCUGCUCGCCCUGAGAAUUAAUGUUUUGGCCAAAGGGUACAGCGGGGUGUCACUGGAGACUCUGCACCGCAUGAUACAGGCCUUCAAUGCGUCCUGUUUAUCCUACGUCCCGGAGAAGGGUACAGUAGGUGCCAGUGGAGAUCUCGCCCCUCUCUCUCACCUUGCCCUCGGCCUGAUGGGGGAGGGCAAGAUGUGGUCACCAAAGAGCGGCUGGGCAGAUGCCAAAUACGUAUUGGAGGCUCAUGGGUUGAAACCCAUAUCUUUGAAGCCAAAGGAGGGGCUGGCUUUGAUCAAUGGGACACAAAUGAUUACUUCUUUGGGAGCAGAGGCCGUGGAGAGAGCUGAGGCCAUCGCCCGACAGGCUGAUAUCAUUGCUGCUCUGACACUGGAAGUCCUGAAGGGGACCACCAAAGCAUUUGAUAGUGAUAUCCAUGAACUACGUCCUCAUCCAGGACAGAAAGAGGUGGCCCUGCGGUUCCGCUCCCUUUUGGAUUCUGAUCACCACCCAUCUGAAAUUGCAGAGAGCCAUCGGUUUUGCGACCGGGUUCAAGAUGCCUACACCAUGCGCUGUUGUCCACAGGUCCACGGAAUCGUCAAUGACACAAUAGAGUUUGUCAAGAAAAUCAUUAAUACAGAAAUCAACAGCGCCACAGAUAAUCCUAUGGUAUUCGCAGAGAGAGCUGAGACCAUAUCUGGUGGAAACUUCCACGGAGAAUAUCCAGCAAAGGCUCUGGAUUAUUUGGCGAUAGGAGUGCAUGAGUUGGCCUCAAUCAGUGAGAGACGUAUUGAACGUCUCUGUAAUCCCUCUCUCAGCGAGUUGCCUGCAUUCCUGGUCAAUGAAGGAGGUCUGAACUCUGGAUUCAUGAUUGCACACUGCACUGCCGCGGCUCUUGUUUCAGAGAACAAAGUACUUUGCCACCCCUCCUCUAUCGACUCCCUGUCUACUAGUGCGGCUACAGAAGACCAUGUGUCUAUGGGAGGCUGGGCCGCUCGCAAAGCACUCAGAGUGGUGGAACAUGUGGAACAAGUGCUGGCUAUUGAGCUGUUAGCAGCCUGUCAGGGUAUUGAGUUUCUACGCCCCCUCCGUACAACAACCCCAUUGGAGAAAGUGUACGACCUUGUGCGCAGUACAGUCAGGCCCUGGAUUAAAGACAGGUUCAUGGCUCCAGACAUUGAAGCUGUACAUCGGCUUCUCGUUGACCAGAAGGUGUGGAAUAUUGCUGGGCCGUACAUCGAGAAAUAUUGUAUGGAAUACAUCCCAGAGUCCCGCCCCUCUUCCCCCACAGCUUUUGCUCUGGACCCGCCCCUGUCACCACGGAAACGGAUUAGGCUGGAGUGACAGAGAUGACACCUACUAUCCUACAGUCUCACAUUAAAAAAAUUAGCAUGAAUUCAUAUAGAGCCUCUUCAUUGGGCAGCAUCUGUGCAUAUUUCAACUUAGUUCUUAUUGUUGUUUAAUUGUUUUCAUUGCUUUGUCAGGCCUCAUUUUCCUUGAAUGAAGUCAUUGUGAGAUGUUUUUGUGAAAUAUUCCACUGCAGCUGUAAGACUUAGCUGUAUUUUGCCAUCUGUCGGUCCAUAUGCAGUUUCUCAGUCUCUGGAUAAGCACCUCUAUCAGUGUAACAGUGAAUAAAUGUCUUUAAAUAUCA